UGCAGGCAGCAUGGGGAACGUGGCCCCCGAACCAAGGGGCGGAGCCAAGUGCGCGCACGCGCACUGAACCCAAGAGGCGCGCGCGUGAACGCUGACGAAAGCCCGGGACUACCACACGCUGUCAUUAGUCAGCCGCCACACUUCACUCCUCCUCCUGCUCCUAAUCCCGUUAAUUCUCGCCAUCAAGGCUCCAAGGCUUGAGAGCCCGCUUAAAGCUGCGACAAAGGUUCCAGGAUCUACAUUGUGCUCGCCGAGCUAAAGAGACUAGUAAAGGUUUUGUCACUUUCAGGCUUCCUCAACGCGCCACCGCUGGCACAACCCGCCCAUAGUCACGUUUUAAAAAGCAUUGAUUUUUGGCUUUAAAAGUGCAAAAACUAGAGCAUUAAAUGCCGCGGACUUACAGCGAAAUUUAAACUGUUUAUUAAAUAUUGGAUUUCUUUUUUUUCAGGUGUCAUUAUUUGUGUAACAACAUUGAAAAACAAACAAAACCUUCAUGGGCUGGAUCCGAUCCUCAGACUGUAUUUGCGGUCCCCACAAUCAGCCAUAGGAGGCGUUGGCCCACAAUCUGCGCCUGCGCAUUUCUAACCCUCACCGCGCAAACCUACCAAUCGCGCAUGCGCGAACCUUCCCUUGGCUUUGUAGGUGGCCUUCGGCGGCAGACGCAGGGUGUUCUGGGAACGCCGGAUGCGGAAAUCACUUUGUCUCACGCUCCAGAUAUGCAAUAUGAUGAGGAUGAUGAUGAAAUCACCCCAGAUUUGUGGCAAGAAGCAUGCUGGAUUGUAAUCAGUUCCUAUUUUGACGAGAAAGGCUUGGUCAGACAACAGCUGGAUUCUUUUGAUGAGUUUAUUCAGAUGUCUGUUCAAAGAAUUGUGGAAGAUGCUCCACCUAUAGACCUACAAGCUGAAGCUCAGCAUGCUAGUGGAGAAGUGGAAGAACCGGUAAGAUAUAACACAAAAACACACAUUAAAGAAGGUGAAGAACAACAGCAGACUCAGCAUCAGAAAACUUUUAUAGGAAAAAUCCCAAUUAUGUUGCGUUCAACUUAUUGCCUAUUGAACGGCUUAACAGAUCGUGAUCUUUGUGAGCUAAAUGAAUGCCCCUUGGAUCCUGGCGGCUAUUUCAUUAUUAAUGGAUCAGAAAAGGUUCUAAUUGCGCAAGAAAAAAUGGCAACGAACACAGUCUAUGUUUUUGCCAAAAAAGAUUCUAAAUAUGCCUACACAGGAGAGUGUAGAUCAUGUCUGGAGAAUUCUUCCCGACCCACCAGUACUAUUUGGGUUAGCAUGCUGGCAAGAGGAGGACAGGUAUGGACUGGGUAUAUGGUGCAUAGGUUACUUCUAGCAGCUUUGGGUAGAAGAGAAUUAGAUGACAGAGAUCACUAUGGAAACAAAAGAUUGGAUCUUGCUGGACCACUACUUGCAUUUUUAUUUAGAGGAAUCCCAGUAAUUGGCAGUGUGGAGAAAAGAUUUGAGAAGGUUACCCUUGGUGGCAGGAAGAUUGUUGCAACAGGCUUAGUGUUAAACCGCCUGACGUUUGCAUCUACUCUUUCUCACCUGCGUCGUUUAAAUUCUCCAAUCGGUAGAGAUGGCAAGCUGGCAAAACCGAGGCAGUUGCAUAACACGUUGUGGGGAAUGGUGUGUCCUGCUGAGACUCCAGAGGGCCAUGCUGUAGGACUUGUGAAGAAUUUAGCCCUGAUGGCUUAUAUUUCAGUUGGAUCUCAACCUUCUCCAAUUCUGGAAUUUUUAGAAGAAUGGAGUAUGGAAAAUUUAGAAGAAAUUUCUCCUGCAGCUAUUGCUGAUGCAACCAAGAUUUUUGUUAAUGGCUGCUGGGUUGGAAUACAUAAAGAUCCUGAACAACUUAUGAACACUCUAAGGAAAUUGCGGCGUCAGAUGGACAUCAUUGUGUCUGAAGUUUCUAUGAUCAGAGAUAUUCGAGAGAGGGAGAUUCGGAUCUAUACAGAUGCAGGUCGUAUUUGUAGACCACUUCUGAUUGUGGAAAAACAAAAGCUUCUGUUGAAGAAGAGACAUAUUGAUCAAUUGAAAGAGAGAGAAUAUAACAACUACAGUUGGCAGGAUCUUGUGGCCAGUGGGGUAGUGGAAUAUAUUGAUACUCUAGAAGAAGAAACAGUGAUGCUGGCAAUGACUCCAGAUGAUUUACAAGAGAAAGAAGUAGCUUAUUGUUCCACAUAUACACACUGUGAGAUUCACCCAUCAAUGAUUCUUGGUGUCUGUGCAUCUAUUAUUCCAUUUCCUGAUCAUAACCAGUCCCCUAGAAACACAUACCAGUCUGCUAUGGGUAAGCAGGCCAUGGGAGUUUAUAUCACCAACUUUCAUGUCCGUAUGGAUACAUUGGCCCAUGUUCUCUAUUAUCCUCAAAAACCGCUUGUGACUACACGGUCUAUGGAAUAUCUGCGAUUUAGAGAGCUGCCAGCAGGUAUCAACUCAAUUGUGGCCAUUGCAUCAUACACUGGAUAUAAUCAAGAAGAUUCCGUUAUCAUGAAUCGUUCAGCUGUAGACCGAGGCUUUUUCAGGUCAGCUAUUUAUAAAAGUCGUCAAACACAGAUACAGAUGGUCAUGAAAUGCCAUGUCUGUUUCUUUGUAGGUAUGAGGCAUGCCAUAUAUGACAAGCUGGAUGAUGAUGGUCUGAUAGCUCCCGGGGUCCGUGUAUCGGGAGAUGAUGUUAUUAUAGGCAAAACAGUCACCCUGCCUGAAAAUGAAGAUGAGCUGGAGAGCACUAAUAGACGCUAUGCCAAGAGAGACUGUAGCACUUUUCUCAGGACUAGUGAGACAGGCAUUGUGGACCAGGUUAUAGUAACUCUCAACCAGGAAGGAUAUAAAUUUUUGAAGAGAAAGCGACACUACAGCUGCUCUCGCCCCUCUUGCCCUUUGGGUGAUAGCUGUGCAUGGUGCUGUGAGCUGGUUCGCGGACCGUCGAUGAAGCCAUCUGGGUGGCUCGCACGGUUCCGCCAGCUUCCUAGGAGCCAUCGCAGCCUCGCAGGGGCCUUCAGAGCCUUGCAGGGGCCAUCGCAGCUUCGCAGGGGCCGUCGUAGCCUUGCAGGGGCCGUCGCAGCCUCGCAGGGGCCGUCACAGCCUCACGCAGCCUUGCAGGGGCCAUUGCAGCCUUAUGCAGCCUUGCAGGGGCCAUCGCAGCCUCAUGCAGCCUUGCAGGGGGUGCUGCAUCCCACAUUGGGGGUGAAGGAUGGAAUCAUACAGUAUAUGUACAUAUAUUCUUUGAACUUGUUUAAUAUUUUAAAGUCUGUGCUUCAAACUCCGUUUCAGGUCUUGUACAAUGGAUUCACUGGUAGAAAAAUCACAUCACAAAUUUUCAUCGGCCCCACUUAUUACCAGCGUUUGAAGCAUAUGGUGGAUGACAAGAUUCAUUCUCGUGCUAGGGGGCCUAUUCAGAUCCUUAACAGACAGCCCAUGGAGGGUAGAUCCCGGGAUGGUGGCCUGCGUUUUGGUGAAAUGGAACGAGACUGUCAGAUUGCCCAUGGGGCAGCCCAGUUUUUAAGGGAAAGACUAUUUGAGGCAUCAGAUCCAUAUCAGGUUCAUGUUUGCAAUCUUUGUGGAAUAAUGGCGAUUGCUAACACCAGGACCCAUACGUAUGAAUGCAGGGGCUGUCGGAAUAAAACCCAGGUGUGUAUAGAUUUUCUGGCCAGUUGAUAACUGUUUAGGAUAUAACCAUGUUGGGCUAAUUACCCAGGCAGAUUUAGUGUGAUGGAACAGAUUGGCAUUUUCACAAUUUUGAAUUGCAUACCUCUGUAAGAUUCCUAGUUUUAAAUGAGAAAAACAAAAUUU